AUCAUAAUCUUAUCUUGCAAAUCCGUGCGCCGUUGCAUAACUCAACUCUUCACCUCGGCUACAAGUUCCUACGACGCCUUUGCGACGGGUUCGGUCUAUUUUGCUCGGACCGUCGACUACGUUUAACGUUUGAGACAGGUCGUGAUGGCAGCGUCGGCCCUUCAAGACACAGUGCAUGAGCUGCGUUCGCGCUUGGACCUCUUUGAAGCCAACCGGCCGGCGUUUCGUGAUUCGUCAUGUGUGUUGUGGUCCACGGAUCAUGGGAGGAAGGACUGGAGGGGCAGAUGACCGUGUGAUUGAAAGGAAACAACGAGAUGAUAGUGCAAUUUCGAUCUGAUUUUUGAGUCAUAUGCUGCCGAUGGCGACCAACAAAGCAGCGAGGGUAGGAGAUGUCGACGUUUGAGGACAUAUGCCCAUUGUAGCGUGCCUUGAGAGCCUAUACAUCUGCUCGAUCUGCUGCCAUCUUUGACGGAUGAAUGAACGUUAGAUACGUGUGCUCUGAAGCAGUGCAGCCGAUAUACAUAGUUGUUUGUCUCACUUCCUCUUCAAACUGUACUACUUGCACCGCCGGGGCGCUAAUGAAAGGUCUCCGCAAGUCUCUCAACGGACACAAGGAUGGUGGCGUGCGGGCUCAAAUAUCGACCCCCGUGCCCCUCCCCUCGGUUUCGCGACCCCCUGCCGCCAUCAUGCCGCCUCAGAAAGUGAUUCGUGCUAUGAGCGGCUACCGACCCCAGGCACCUCAAGAGCUCCCUUUCCAAAAGGGCGACUUCUUUCACGUCCUGCGCGAUGAAGAGCAGGGGUCCUACUAUGAGGCGCAUAACCCCAUCUCCGGCGCACGAGGACUAGUUCCCAAAGCCCUGUUCGAGGAAUUUAACAAGGAUUCGGCAGCUACGCGCAACGUCAGUGCCCCUGGUCAGCGGGCCACCAUAGGUCGGCCGCCAAGCCAAGCCAAACCGCCACUCAAAUCCCAGGUCUUUUACGCUAUCGUUCAGCACGAUUUCUUCGCUGAGAGGGCAGACGAACUCGAGGCUAAGCGGGGAGAUGCGAUUACCGUCGUUGCGCAGUCAAAUCGGGAGUGGUUCGUGGCUAAACCAAUCGGACGGAUUGGACGGCCUGGUCUGAUCCCGGUGUCGUUUGUGGAGAUCCACGAUCCGUCGACGGGUCAGGCCAUCCAAGAUGUGAACUCGCUGAUGGACCGUGGUGACUUGCCAAAGGUGGAGGAUUGGAAAAAGGCGAUGUUCAAUUACAAGCAGAACAGCAUCGCGCUGGGGGUCGUCGAUGCCCCGCCUUCCUCAUCAUCCCCACGAGACUCUGCCCCGAGCAGUCCUUACUUGACGCAGAAAACGCAGAUCGCACCCAUAUCCUCAGAAGCCACCAUCGCCCCACCAGCAUCCGAGCUGAUGGACCCUUCCUCCACUGAAACAGCAGACAUACAACCGGAAGGACUACUGCUGUCCGCUAACGUGGUUUCUUUCCAUUUCGAGAUGGAAGAGUACUGGUUCCGCAUCGACGCCGUUUACCAGCCAUAUGCUGCCCCUGGUCGGGCACUCCCAUCUGCCAAAUCACUCAUCCUGUUUCGCGUCUAUAACGACUUUUACGAUUUCCAAGUCUCUCUCUUGAACGAAUUUCCUCGCGAAGCCGGGCGGAAUCCACCGCACCCUCGAAUUCUCCCAUUCAUGCCGGGCCCAGCUGAGGACGUCGACGAUGCACUGACUGCAACGCGGCGAGCAGAGCUGGACGAGUAUGUUAUCGGUUUGCGGGAUUUGAGCUCUGUGGGCGGCAGGUACGUUCUAGAGCAUUCCAUUGUGCGAGAGUUCCUCGCCAUCAAGCCCGGAGACAUGGAGACUGCGUUGCCGCCCCGAGUUGACGAACUCGAAGCAAUCUUAGCUGCUGGGGAAGACGGCGACGAUGAGUUGCAGGACUCUUUGGGAAGACUGCGGGUGGAUGAAAGGCAGACUGUGCACAGUGAUGGCUCGGAUUACGAGGACGACAACUUCGGACAGAACCCGUACGGUCAACUGAGCGGCAGGCGGACCCCCGACAGCAGUCUGCGAGUUCAGGCGAUGACCAACAAUCACCGGCGAACAGGCUCGAACUCAUCUCAGAACCAGCCUUACGGGCGAUCGGACUCUAUAUCACCACCUCCGACUCGAUGGGCCGAAGCAUCGAACAACAACCGGCCAGUGAUGCCGACGUCUCCAUCUUCUUCAUCUCUACACUCUAAUUCCAUGUCAUCACGCUCCCGGUCAGGCUCCGUUGCCAACGCGAAUUCGCCGUCGAUAUCAGCCGCUAAUCCCCAAACCGCAUUUGUGAAGAUCAAAAUAUUCGACCGCGUGGCGGACGAUCUCAUUGCUAUUCGAGUGCAUCCACGCGUCACGCAUAUGGAGCUCAUGGACAAGGUCCAGCAUCGGUUGGGCGGCGAGGUUGCCCAGCUCAAAUACCGACAAAGCUUGAGCAACGAGCUGGUCGAGCUGGGCAACGACCAGCAACUGCGUGCUUGGAUAGACGGCACGGACAAACAUGUGUUGUAUGCCGAGUAGUUCAGGCUGGGACUCUUGGAUUUCAUAACUAUUUCGUUCUCUCAUCUAGCCUUUGAGUCUUUAUCCAUUGCCGCAUGUAAUAGUAAUGUUGCUUAUAUUCUGCGAUCUGGUACACUUAGUUAGUUUGUAUCCUUUACACGACUUAGAACCACAGUCAUUCAUCUGUAUGUAUCUCACCUUGCAUCUGCAAGAUGCGCUCGCCGCUGCAGGACCCCAAACAGGCAUCAACACCGUCAUCAUUGCUUCCCUUCUCCUUCCAUGCCGUCGUUGCAGCGAUAUUUGCGGAGCAUCUACCGCGUCGGGUUCCGGGAGUGGUGGAGACAGCUGAAUUAUAUUGGCGACGCCAAGUCCGGACGUUUCGUCGGAGCGGACCAGUUCGGGAACAAGUACUACGAGAACUACAAUGCUGAGGAAGAGGUUCCUGGUCGGCAGCGAUGGGUAGACUUUGCUCAGCAUCACUACCACGCCUCCCAAGUCCCACCUGAGUGGCACUCGUGGAUCUCGCAUAUCCGCAAGGACGCGCCGACGCAGGACGCGGUCAUGAUCUCGUCGGCUCAGCCAUGGCAGCAACCUUGGACGGAGAACCUCACUGGAACCCGAGGAGCAUAUAAACCCUACAACACUGUUGCUCCGAAAAUCAACGCAUGGGAACCCACGGUCACUCCGAGAGCAUGAUAUUGCAGUCAUUAUGUACAAUGCGGAGAGCCGUCACCGAAUACUAGAUGUGUCGAGCCCGAGGGAGUGCUCAACGACGUGCUCGGCAAUGGCAAGCGAGGAGGUCAGCCCUGGGCUCUCGAUGCCCAACAAACUAACCAGUGGGCCUCCUCUGGCAAAGUCCGUUCGGAUUACGAAGUCUUGAAACCCGCCAGUCGGUCCUGCGAGCUUUGGUCGAAACCCGACGUAGUCUGGCUGCAGACCAUCGAGGAUGACUUUCGGAAGAUAUCGCGUCACGGCUUGAUGCAUCUCUUGCAGCUGGAUGUUGUUUGCUGUGAGAUGUUGUGACCAGAAGUCGGGACCUUCGCCGUCUUGUGGCGAUAACCACUCCAGGUCAGGCCCGAAUCUCACGUUUCCUUGUAGGUCGAGUGUGAGAUGUGUCCCCAGAGAUUGGAAGCCAUGAGAGCUGCCUUGCGUCUCCGGGCAGGGAUAGAUCAAGUGUGAG